AUAUUCCUCGGAGGGAAAGGCAGUCCCAGAUAGUUUUGAAGUUUCCAAAGACUCACUCUGCUGUUAAGAAUUUGUGCUCAAAGCUGAGGAGCUAAGCUACCUGCCAAAAUGUGCAAAGGACUUGCAGCUUUGCCCCACUCAUGCCUGGAAAGGGCCAAGGAGAUUAAGAUCAAGUUGGGAAUUCUCCUCCAGAAGCCAGACUCUGCUAUUGACCUUGUCAUUCCGUAUAAUGAGAAGCCGGAGAAACCAGCCAAGACCCAGAAACCCUCCCUGGAUGAGGCCCUGCAGUGGCGUGAUUCCCUGGACAAGGUCCUGCAGAACAACUAUGGACUUGCCAGCUUCAAAAGUUUCCUGAAAUCAGAAUUCAGUGAGGAAAACCUUGAGUUCUGGAUUGCCUGUGAGGAUUACAAGAAGAUCAAGUCCCCUGACAAGAUGGCUGAGAAGGCAAAGAAAAUUUACGAAGAAUUCAUCCAAACGGAGGCUCCUAAAGAGGUGAAUAUUGAUCACUUCACGAAGGACAUCACAAUGAAGAACCUGGUGGAACCUUCCCCGAGCAGCUUUGAUGUGGCUCAGAAAAGAAUCCAUGCCCUGAUGGAAAAGGAUUCACUGCCUCGCUUUGUGCGCUCUGAGUUUUAUCAAGAGUUAAUCAAGUAGCAAUUUAGUCUGGCUAUGAGAAUCACCUUGUGAGUUAUUCUUCCAUAAUAACCCUGCACUUUCCAGCAACCUACAUGUCUUCCCAUAGCAGCUUUGCUCAAAGAUAACCGAAACGGGAAAAUCCUAGGGAGUGUUGCUUAUUCUUUUGGCCCACGUUGUUUUCGAUGUUUAUUGUCUGAAUGCCUUCCUUUCCCAGUUUCUUCUUCCUGCCCCAUUCUCAGUUAAGCUCUACCCAGUGUGUGGUUGUGAAAUGCAAUCAGAAUCACGGAAAAAUUCUGCCGAAGUCAGGGAAGUAUAAGAUAAGAAUAUGAAGUCAUUGAACCUGAGUCCACUUGGUUUAGGUAACGGAUCGCCGUCUAAAUUGGUCUGAAAAAGAAUAUGGAUGUGGAAAGACCAAUUUUAAGUGAGACUUAUUGAUCUCGUUUGUUGUUUUAAUUCUGAUCCAGAAGGAUCACGCCUCUAACUAUUUCUGAGCUUGGUUAGUAAAAGGUGGUAAGAAUUUUAUGAAGCCACUAUUUGAUUUUUUCAGCAAAUACCUUAUUUAAAAUAUUGAUCUUCCCCUUAGAGCAUCUUUGUGUUAGGUGGAAAUUAUAAACAAGAGAUACAACCAUGAACAUGAUGUGUUUAUACAAAAUCAAUCUGAACACAAUCCAUAUUGAUUUUUUCCUUAUACCUCCCUCAUAUCUUCUCCAUAAAGUUACCAAAUUCUUUAUUAAAUCAAUGACCUAAGAUUGACAAUGAACUAUUUUCUAAAUGUAUCUAUGCCUCUAGUAUAUAGGCCCAAAGUUUCAAUUUUCAGAUUAUUUUAAAUGCUUGUAAGUAUAAAAUUCCAAAAUUUUUAACACCAGUCAUGUAAAAUAAAAUGGUUGCUGUCCAUUGCAGUGGUCUCUCACCUCAACAUCAAGAGGUCUGUACACUGAAAUGGGAAAAUUCUGUCAAGCCUAAAAUGGUUAAUUACCUUAUCAUGUCAUCUCUUUGUUUAGUAAAUGAUGAUUUACCUUCAAAAUACCAAAUUAUCUUGGAAAAACUAAUUUGACUACAUGUAGAGGCCUUCUCAGUGAGACAGGGUUUUAAAGUACCCUGCAUUUUGCAAAAUAACAUGACCUUUUAUCUACCCCCCAUCUUCCCUCCCUAUUUUGUUCCCUGUGUUAAUGAAUUCUACUUACCAUCAAAGUGCGCAUGUGGGCCCUAACAUGCCUCACACACAGCUAGCUGAUAGGCCAUGGUAUUUUUAGUAGGUUUAAACUUCGAAUUCUGUAUUUCAUUUUUGUAAGUCUUGCUAGAACUUUUUUCUUAUCAUAAUCUAGUAAUAAAGAGAACCAAACUAAAUGAUGUAUGAGGGUAACCGGGACGAGGAUACUGAGUUAAUUAAAAAAAGGAGAAGGUAUUUUUUAAAGGAUUAAUAAAAUUCUGAAAUGUUUAAGUAGAAGGUUACAUUGUUUAGUCUUGUAUUUCCUCCUUUUGUUUCUCUUUUUCAUUCACACACUCCUAGUUCCACAUGUUUGUAACCCAUUUAUUCAGUUAUUUCCUCAGAAUACUGAAAGUGAAGCAACGAUAUUACUGUAUUCUUCGCGUAAGCACUGACUGUGUUUGUUGGGUGUUCCCUAUUUUUGUUAUUUCAAAUUAAUAACAUGCCCUUCCUGAAUUCUUGCCACUUCACAUUCUGAAAAUGGGUUGGAGUGACUGGGUCUACUGCCAACACUUCCUAGCGCGGUUUGAGUUCAUCCAUAUUUGUCAAUAUUGCUCACUUCAAAGAAACUCCGUCAUGAGGUAGUCAGCAGCUAGGCCAGAUCAACACUGUGAUCAUGAAGAAGUUUUCACCAUGUCCAUUUGCGUAAGAGUGACAAGCAACACAGAUCAAAAAUUCCUGGUACCACCUUCCUCAACAUCUCUCUAUGCUGCCUCAAUCAGUAUAAAAUUGCCAGUUCUUUACUUUCUAACGCAGGUAGAAAAUUUAAGAAUGCAAGAAUCUAGGUGAGUUAUUUUUUUCUUGAAUGCCAAAGCAUUCUUAAGAAGAAUUUUGAUGUAAUUAAAAAUUCAAAUUAUAUUCAUAUUAUUUGAAAUAGACAAAUGUUUGAAAAUUCCCAAAGAAUUCACUAGAUAUUUCAGAACUCAUUCAGAUGGUUGAUGUGACAAAGAUUCAGAUUGACUAUACUCACAAAUUGACUGCUCACUCACCCUGUGUAAGCGGGUAGGCUUGUCAGUGGAAGAUAAGAAGGGGCUUCACCUUUUCAUAAACUGGACCCAGGAAGUAGCGGGCAAGAAAAGUACCCCAAGGGCAGUGCUGCAAAGGCCUGAAUGCCUUCCAGUAAAAUGGUAACAUGUAAUAUGUAUAUGUAUGUAUGGUUCUAAAUUUAAAGCAAUACACACAUACAUUAGAGACUCCUCUAACAUAUAAAGUAAUAAAAUUAAAAGGAAUACAAAUAUCACAGCCCAAAAUGAGAAAGCAAACAUAUCAAAGUUACCCCAGAAAAUUUCUCUGAGUGAUUUUGAAAGUGUUUUUAAACUGAGAAAAGGAAAAAAAAAAAAAAAACCAAUUGUGUUACUAGAAGUUUCCAUGGUAACAGAAAGAAAAUACAUUUUUUAAUUCUCGGAAAUUAGAAAAACCAGGAUGAUCUUUCCAGGAAAAACUGUGUAACAUCUAUUUUUCAGUCCCUCUGCCUCCUCCUCUUCUUCCCCACUUUCCCUUGAGUAAAUCGCCUGGGAUAGUAGGAAACAAUGCAAGAGCCCUGUGGCGUUUGCAUUUUCCUCCCCCGUGAAAAUGUAACUACAGUUGUAAGUGGAUCUGGGACGUAGAGAGGUGGUGGAACCAAAUUGCGGUCAAUGGGAAUGGAGUAUAUGCUUCUUAUUCUUGAGAGAAACCUAAGAUUAGGCCAGGUGAUGGCCCAUAACCGAAGUUUUUCUCCCUGGGUUUGAUAUGGUUUGGGGUUGGCGUCAGAUUAGGAUCUAAACUGGACUGGAAAACAGAGACAGACAAUCGACUCUAGAGUAAAUUAGGAGACUGUGUUCCAUGCUCAUCUGCUAAAGCAGUGCUUGUUCAUGGGAACAACCCCUACACACGUGUGCACAUGCACACACACACACAUUUUCUUUUUCCCAGAACUGGGAGAAAUUUUUUAUUUUUGUCCUCUACAAAGCCAUGGAUUUUGCUUGCUUGAUGUGUUCUUUAUAUACACUCCGUUUCAAUAGGAUGGAGUUAUUAAUUAUUUCCAAAAGAAUAAUAGAUAUCCAGAAGCUUCAAUAAAAACUUGACCAUUAGCAAAUCAACUGAUAAACUAAUCAGCAUUUCCUGCCAGGGUUUUGUCAAAUCAUCUGUCCCAUCGCAAAUUUGAUAAUUUGAGAAUCACUUAGAAGCCUGUUUAUAUUUCAGGAAAAUGAUUUUUUACCCCUGAAAUCAUUUCCUCUAGCUGGCCAUUUUCCCUGUCUCCUGGAAACUUAGCAGGUUUGGGAGAGAAAGGGUCGUGGGAAGAAAGGAGAAGGGGAGUGGUAAAGGAGUAAGUGGCCAGCCCUAUGAAGUGAAUCUAUUCUCUGGGAAACAUUUCAGAGCAGCUCCACUUGAUUGAAAUCAAAUUGCUUCUUGCUGUCUCCAGCAAGAUUUGCAGGAAGGUAUUUCUUGACUCACAGGCAGCUAAGAUCGAAACUUCAUUUUAACAUCCUAGAGAGUCUUGAUUAGAUAAAAGGGCAAACAGCGAGGAUAUACCUUCCUCAUUUGGCUCGCAUGUGGCAGAAAUCAGAGCACAGAGAAUUCAGUUUCUAACAUCCAAGUGUCCAAACCCAAGGGCCAGGCAACUCUAUGCAGGUUCUGGACGUGAGAUCUUGAUGAAUCUCGGUCUAUCCUGACUGAAUUGUUAUUAGACCUCUCUGGUUUUCUAGUCUCUCCAUUCUAUCAGGCAGUAUGUAUUUAAAACUUGCUGGGGACAAGGCUUUCUAGUUAACAAGUUAGCAAUUGCCACUUGAGUUAAACAUACUUUCUCCCAAACAGGUUAUGUGGCAGACCAGAGCAAUAGAUAUCUAAAGAAAGGCUUUCCCCAGCAUCGGCUAACCAUCCUGAAUCACAAAAGAUCAACUCUUCCAACUGAAGAGACAUAUAUAGUAGCUUUGAAUGGAAACUCAUAGCAGAAAGUGAACGGCAAAAAAAAUCUUUGAAUAUUAUCCUCACCUCGCAGUUUAAUAAUCAUCAUCUUAGUUUUUAGUAGAGAAGCUACAAAUCAAACUCUGAACACUCAUAUCUAGUUUAAUAAGCCUCUUGCAACUUACUUGUUUUCUAACCUGAGAUAUUUUCCCUCCCCACCUCACCCCACGUCUCUCUUCCUCUUCUCCCUCUUCAACAGGAAACAUUUAAAGUAGUUGAGUCUAACCACAAAUAUGUAAUAUGAAUACAUCAAAAGCAUUUAGCUUCCUAUCUAGGAAAAUGUAUAGGCGAAGGCAUAGACAAAACAAUGGGAAAUGCUGAGACAUUUACCAGUGGAGAGAAGUAACCUGGAGAAACUUUGGCAAAAGUUCUUUUUGUGUGAGACAGUGUCAGGAUUUGGGGGAACUAAAAUUUUUUUAGAUGCUGCAACUCACAAUUCAUCUUCAGGAGACUCAGCCCAGAGAAAGGAGCAGAAAUGAAAGAUUUGGAAAUCCACUUGUCAGCAUUUAUCCCAAGUUUUUCAUUUAUGAACAAUUGUGUUUAUCUUCUGAUUUUGUAUCCAAUAUGUUGUGUACUAUGUGACUCAUACUUCUCGAUAAAUAAAGCACUAACUAUGUAUCUGUAACCACGAUCACAUAUAUUAUAUUAAAUAUAUACCUAUA